GACGAUCCAACUUUGUCGGUUUUUCCUCAACAAUAAUCGAUCCUUUUAACUCUUCGAUUGAUCCCAUCUUUCUUCGCAUUUUGCAUGUGGAUCUGCCACAAUGCCUAACCAGAAGAAAUCAAAGAAGGGCGGCGCUGCCAAAGACCAGGCCGACUCUGUGAUCAAGGAUCCUCGAUUUUCCAAUAUUCAAACAGACCCUCGGUAUCGUCUUCCGAGCAAACGCCAGACCCAUGUGAAACUCGACAAUCGUUUCGCGCACAUGCUGCGCGACAAGGACUUUUCCCGAAACGCCGCAGUUGAUCGCUACGGACGCAAGCUUGCCCGCGACGACACAAAGAAGCAGCUGGAGCGAUUCUACCAGCUGGAUGAGCAAAACGAUGAAGACGACGACGACGACGACGCAGAAGUUAGUGGCGAAGAUGACGAGGUGGUCCUGAGAGAAUUGCAGAAGGCCGAAUCGUACGAUCCUGCGCGAGACGGAGGGUUUUCGUCUUCAUCAUCCGAGGAGGAGAGUAGCGAUGAAGAAGAUGAGGAGGACGAGGCCGAGCUUGGCGGUGAGGAGCUUGACUUCCCCGACAAGCAACAGGCCGGUAUACCCACGGGCGACGUGACGAAGCGGAUUGCCGUGGUGAAUCUCGACUGGGACAACAUCCGGGCGGAGGACCUGAUGGCGGUGUUUUCCAGCUUCGCGCCCACGGGUGGCCGUGUCCAAAAGGUUGCGGUCUAUCCAAGUGAGUUUGGAAAGGAACGGAUGGAGCGCGAGGAGGCGGAGGGUCCUCCCCGGGAGAUUUUUGCGUCGGCAAAGGGUGACGAGUCCGAUGAGGAUUCCGAGGAGGAAUUCGAGGAGUUCGGCUCCGACGAGGACGAGGAAGAGAUCAAGAAGUCCAUGUUGAAAGAGGACAAGGGCGAGGAAUUCAACUCUACACAGCUACGAAAGUACCAGCUGGAGCGUUUGCGCUACUUCUAUGCAAUCCUCACGUUCUCAUCCAGGGAAGCUGCUAAGCAUGUCUAUGACCUGGUGGACGGUGCUGAAUACUUGUCGAGUGCCAACUUUUUUGACCUCCGCUUCGUGCCUGAAGACACCGACUUUUCCGACGACAAACCUCGGGAUCAAUGCACCCGGAUCCCAGAUGGCUACCAGCCCAACGAAUUCGUCACCGAUGCGCUACAACACAGCAAAGUUAAGCUGACGUGGGACAUGGAGGACAAGUCGCGCAAGGAAGCCCAGGCUCGCGCCUUCCGGGGCAGCCGGAAAGAUAUCGACGAGAACGAUUUGAAGGCCUAUCUUGCAAGUGACAGCUCCGACAACGAGAGCGAAGACGAGGAGGCCGUGGAAAUUGUCGACGCUACGAAGGGAGAUGGAAAGAGCUCUAAGAUCUCUAAGAAAGAGGACGAAAAGCAGCGUAUGCGAGCCCUUCUGGGCUUGAGCGCGGAGCCAUCCCGUGCGCCCAAAUCAGAUGGGCCCGUUGGUGAGAUGGAGGUUACUUUUACUUCCGGCCUUGCGGGAGGUCCUGAAAAGGAUGGAAUCUUUGAGAACGAGCCUGAAAAGGAUGAAACUACGCUUGAAAAAUACGUGCGCAAGGAGCGUGAGAGGAAGAAGAAGAGAAAGGAGAGGAUCAGGGCAGUCAGAGAAGGGGAAGACGGAGGCAAAGAGGAUGAAGAUCACGCCGUGGAGGGCAAGAAGAGCGAGGAUGCACCUGAGGGAGAGAAAGAAGAUAUGGGAUUCAAUGACCCGUUCUUCGACGAUCCUGGUGAGAAGAUGACGGCUGCAACCCGUCGUAAGGAGGAGAAGCGCAAGAAGAAGGCAGAGCGGGAGGCGGUUGAGGCGGCCGAAGCAGCCAAGCGCGCCGAGUUAGAGCUUCUGAUGAUGGACGAUGAGAACAAGGGCAUGCAGCAUUUCGACAUGAACGCCAUCGAGAAGGCCGAGAAACAGGCCGGCAAGAAGAAGAAGGGCAAGGGCAAGGGCAAACAGGCCCCCGAGGUCAAGGAUGAUUUCCAGAUGGAAGUCAGCGAUCCUCGAUUCUCUCGACUCUUCGAGAGCCAUGAGUUUGCGAUCGACCCGACUAACCCUCGGUUUAAGGGUACGUCGGGCAUGAAGGCACUGUUGGACGAAGGACGCAAACGGCGACGGGACCGGGACGAGCGUGGGGACGAGGACGAGGUCCCCACGCAGGACAAGAAGCAGAAGAAGAAGCAGAAGAAGGACGCACCCAAGCAAGGCAGUGAGGAUCUGAAGAGUCUGGUGGACAAAGUGAAGCGAAAGGCACAGCAUUAGGUGGUGUGCACAGUUGCAUUGUUAGUAGUUAAUUAGGAUACCUUUCAUUCAAUCAAAAUCGAACAUGUUUCCGAGGCAGUCCCCCCCUUCCAGCCGGGGACCCUGGGCAUAAAAGAGAGGCCUAUUGGAAUUCCAGGACAGGAUCCUGG